AUGGAGACGCCCGGCGGGACCGUGAGCGCCGCGGUCCGGGAGCACCUGAGGCAGUUGUGUCUUCGCGAGUUCCCGUGCGGCACCGGCAGCUGGAAUAAGUCACGUUUUCUUCCUCGAACUUGGCGAACAUGGAGAGAGCUGAUCCCCAGAGACGAGGAGGCCGUGAGCCCCGGGGAGGAGACGGUGGAGGCCCUGUUGGGCCUGGUCCGCAGCCCCCACUCCCCCUGGGCUCUGCUGGAGGGCUCCAGUGCAGAGGACCGUUUUCUGAGAGAACUGGCCAUCCAGAAUCCCCUGAUGCUCAAGGACACCUUCUUCUACUCCUACUUCAGGUCCCUACGAGUGGUGGACAAGCAGGUGAGCCUGGUGGAUAAAGACCUCCUGAAAUUUCUAAAUCUUGAAGAGUUGGUGCUGAGUGCUAAUCAAAUCCAGGAGAUCGAUGCUGUCAACCUGCCCCCAACUCUCAAGGUAAAAGAGCUCAGACUCCAUUUAGGGUCUUCGAGUUGGCUCUGCCCAGAGGCCCUGCCCCUGCCCUCCCCACAGAAGGUUUGGCCAGUGUGGCUGGAUGCCAAGGACCAGCCCCAGGCUUUGGAGAGGGAGGCCAGGCCCAACCUCGUCUCUCUGGACCUGAGCUUCAACGACCUGACAGACCUGCAGGGCAUGAUGGCCAGCCUCAGCACCCUCCGCCGUCUGAGGCUGCUGGUGCUGCAGGGGAACCCGCUGGCCCUGCUGCCCUACUACCGAGGCUUCACCAUCGACAGCCUGUCCCAGCUCUGCGUGCUGGACGACAUCACCGUGUCUCCCAGCGAGAAGCAUCAGUUCCGGGGGCUCGGCCGCAGUGGGGACCUCUUGGCACGUCAGGCACAGCUCGUGGUGACCAUUGGAAAUGUCAAGGGGGUUCAGGACACCUCUGUCUUAGACCCGGAACCAGGGCCCCAAGGCCCUUUUAUCACUUACAGCUAUUAUGUGACCUACGAUUUUGUAAAAGAGGAAGAAGGAGAAGGAAGUGAAUAUGGUGGUGUCCUGCCGGAGAUCGUCAUGCCCUCGCCCAGCGCCGAACAGCUGGCCGAGGACAUUCCGGAGGACGUUCCCGAAGAGGUCUUUGAAGAGCACGAGGACUCUGCGGAGUCCGAGCUGUCCGCCCAGUCGGGAGAGCGCGAGGAUUCGCUCGUGUCGGGCGGGUCGGCGCCCUUGCCCGGGGUGGCCGACUCCGCGGAAGAGCUGGCCAAGCUGCGGCCGCGAAGAGACCCCCGGCUCUGCCCCUCCCCAGGGACCGUUCUCUUCAGCACUGUCCGCAAGCCCUGGACUGAUGUCAUCCCCUGCAGCUACGAGAUGCAGCACACACUCAAGGACCUGGUGCCACUCAAGGCUUUCCUGCUGGCGGGAACCACCGUGACCAUCGUGGAGGAGACGAUUCUCUCUUGGCCUGCGGUGCUGCCUCCUGUUGACGUCCCGUUGCCUGCCAAGAAAGGAAAAGGGGAGAAGGACAAGAAGGGGAAGAAGGAGAAAGACAAGAAGGGAAAAGACGGGAAGGACACGGCAGGGAAAAGGGAGAAAGAGGUGGCAAAGAAGAAAGAGCUUCCUAAGGAGCUCCGCCAGGACCCGCCCAUCCUGCGGGUGCUGGGCAGUGGCUUGGUGGUCCUGGAGCCCCUGCUGGCAGGGGAGCCACUUGUGUCCGAAGUGUGCAACUUUGGGGUGAUCCGCACUUUGGAAACGGACAGGCUGACGUCCCUCAGGGAUUCAAAGAACAAGAACAAGAGAGCUAAAAAAGAAAAGACCAAACCUGCGGCUGCAGUGUACGACGCCGACUACCAGCCCCAGCCCUUGACGGUGGAGGUGCGGAUCGAGCUGAACCAGUGCCGCACGGCCGAGGAGGCGCUCCGGGAGUUCGCCCUGUAG